UGUUUGGAUUUCCCGUUGUUUCACUUCUAGUGACUGGUUUCAAUAUCAAAACCCUGAAGCACCAAAAACCUUGGAAACACCCACGACCACCAUCUCAAGCAUAGUCAGGAAUCAUCCGAAUGUCUAUGAUCUUCAGCAGCCGACACUGCAAUUUCACCUGGGUGAGUUGUCUUUUUCCUCGCAUAAUCACUUCUCAACUGUACCCGUAUGCUUAUUUUUCUCCUUUGAAUCAUUCUUAUUCUUCAUUCAUUAAUACCCACCAUUUUCUUUGCCAAUUUAUACCUUUCCCAUGUACUAAUUCCAAUGUUAUUAACUCAAAUGAGCGGCGAAGAAUUGUCGUUGGCUUAUCAAGAAUGAUUAAGCAUAAUGAAUUUCAUCUUUUAAUGGGGUUUUCUAGUAAAUUUUGCCCUUUUCUUCUUGCUAAGAUUAUGAAAUUGUUUGAUAAUAGGGAAACUGCCGCUGCAUUUUUUAAGCUGGCAUUUCAGGAUUAUUCUCAUGAUACUAUUAAGCAUUGUUGUCUUGCUGCACAUCUACUUGCAGCUGAUAAUCUUAGGUUGCUUGCCCAGGAUUUAAUUUCAUGGGUUAUUUUAAAAAUUGGUUCUUGCAGAAGUAUGGAGGUUUUUGACCUUAUGUGGAAUCAACAUUCCCAUUAUGAGUCCGAUUUUUCGGUACUCGAUUCGCUUAUGAGGGGUUUUUUGAAUGCUGGGUUCGUUUAUAUUGCAUUAGAUAUGGUCAAACGAAUGAGAGAUAUUGGUGUUAUUCCUAGUUUGUCCGCUGUUAGUAUUUUAAUGAAGUCGUUGUUUAGGGUUGGGGAUUAUGGUAGUGUGUGGAAAUUGUUUAGGGAUAUGAUUCACAAAGGGCCUUAUCCUUCGAAUUAUACGUUUAAUAUUAUGAUUCUUGGUUUUUGUAGAAAUGGUUGUCUUGUUAUUGGAGAGAGUUUGCUUCAUGUUAUGCCGAAAUUUAAUUGCCAACCAGAUGUAAUUGCGUAUAAUAUUUUGAUUAGCGUGUGUUGUUCUAAGGGGAGAACUGAUGAGGGGUUAAUUUGGAUGCAUUCGAUGAUUGAAAGUGGCUAUAUACCGAGUUGUGUUACCGUGAAUACUAUCAUGAAUUCGUUAUGCAAGGAGGGUAAUGUAGCUGCAGCGAGAAAACUAUUCAAUGAAAUGAGUGAAUGGGGACUUAGUCCUAGUAUCGUUUUGUAUAACACCCUAAUUGAUGGAUAUGCAAAAGCAAGAGACAUGGUUCAAGCAAAUAGUUUGUUUGAAGAAAUGAGGAACAGAGAUAUAACGCCUGAUGUUAUAACAUUUAACAUAUUAGUCGCAGGGCACUACAAGUAUGGAAGGGAAGAGGAUGCAAAACGUGUCUUAAAGGACUUUUUGUUUUCAAAAUUGAUUCUUGAUUCUUUGUUAUUUGAUUUUUCAGUCUCGGGAUUAUGUUUGACUGAUCAAUUAGACGAUGCAAUGAAGUUGUUAGAUGAUUUGCUUGAGAAGGGGCGCCCUGUUAGUGUUGUUGCGUUUAAUUCCAUAAUUUCUGCCUAUGCUAAAGUGGGUUUAAUAGACGAAGCGUUUAAAGCGUAUAAGAUUAUGAUUAACUUUGGUUUUUCUCCAACUUCAUCCACAUGUAGCUCUUUGCUUAUGAGUUUGUCGAAGAAAGGUAGGCUGCAAGAUGCCAAGGAUCUUAUGAAUUAUAUGAUAGAAAAAAAAUUUCCUGUAGAUAAAGUAUCAUUUACAGUGCUUAUAGAUGGUUAUUUUCAGAAUGGAGAUUUGUCGGGGGCUCAAACAUUAUGGAUAGAAAUGAACCAGAUGGGUUUAUCUCCCGACGUUGUUGCCUUCUCGACCUAUAUUCACGGUCUCGUUAAAUCCGGCCUUGUGGCGGAGGCCUUAGCUGUUUUUUCAGAAAUGAAAACGAGAGGACAUAUGCCUAACAAUUUUGCAUACAAUUCUUUGAUUUUUGGCUUAUGUCGCUGUGGCAUGAUGAGUGAAGCAUUGAAAUUGGAACAAGACAUGAGGCAAAUGGGUUUGGUUCCAGAUACGUGCACUUUCAAUAUCAUUAUCAAUGGGUUUUGUAAGCAGGGGAAAAUGAAAUCGGCCAUAGCUGCUUUUGUGGAGAUGCAUCGGACGGGUUUAAGUCCUGAUAUAAUCACAUACAACACACUAAUUAAUGGGUAUUGUAAGGCAUAUGACAUGGUUAAUGCUAAUGACCUUGUGGAAAGGAUGCAAUUUGGUGGUUGGAUGCCCGACAUUACCACCUAUAACAUUCGUAUGCAUGGACUUUGCUCUAGUCGGAGGACAAGUCAAGCAAUGACAAUGUUAGAUGAGCUAGUAUCAGCCGGUAUUAUCCCCAAUUCAGUCACAUACAACAUUAUGAUGAAUGGAAUAUGUGGUGAUAUGCUGGAUCGGGCCAUGAUGCUGGCCGCAAAGUUGCUCAAGGUAGCUUUUUUGCCUAAUGUCGUUACUGUAAAUUUGCUGCUUUCCCACUUUUACAAGCAUGGGGUACCAGAAAAAACCUUGAUGUGGGUCGAGAUGCUUCAUGACAUUGGAUUUGAAUUUAAUGAUGUUACAUAUAAGUUAAUUGAUAAGGCGUAUAGUAAUUUGCAAGAAAAUACAGAAGCUUCCGGAGGUUUAUCAGAAAAGAGUCUGUUUCUUGACUUUCUCAUGUAUAUCAACUAUGACUACCUACGUCGAAAUAUGUUUUCCCUUGAACAUCAUCAGCAUCCUGUAGCUUUACUUGAUGAUGGAUUUUGCGUUUCUUCUGUUGCUGGUUAGGGUUAUUCCUUUCCUUUUUGAGUUUCAAUGAAUCAUCACUCAACUAUGAGAUGGGCCAAGUGUAUCCGGUGAGAACUUCAUCACUGGUUGGACCUUGAAAGUAAACAUCUUAGCAGCCUUAAUGCCUAAAGGCCGCUAAAACUUGCGAAAUAUCAUAGACAGAACGACCGGUAGUACCGGAGAUACCAGAAGUUGGAACAUCAUCAUGGCAUCAUAUAUGGAAAUUCUCGGACUUGCAAUGCGUGAUGCUGCAACAGAAUUUAAUAAUGGGCUAGGCCUUUAUGGGGAAAGAUUCAUGUACUCUAAGGAAUGCGACCGCAUUUGGGAGUGGAAGUGCCAUGGUGCCCAUUUCGUAAGAGGAAAGUAGAGCCUUAGUUGGGUGAUUUUGUGACUUUUGAUCGUGCAGUGACGCUUACAGCAGGAGGAUCAUAGGCAGGUGUAACAGGUAUUGGAGCUUCUUUUGCAUUGCAUUGCAUUGAGAGAGAGUGAUGAGGGCGAAGCAUAACCUGUGUCAUACCGCUAUCUUUCGAUUUUGUAGCUCUUGUUAUCUUUUUGUAAACUUUGGCUGUAUGUGUUUUGUUAUGAGGCUUGGUGUCUUCCCUUGUAUAUUUGUAUUUCCGCUGCGUAGUUUAUAACUCUAUAUAGUUUUAAGGAGUUAAGUCUUUUUAAACGCAAACGUCGACACUAGAACCACGUAACAUGUUUGGCAUGUUGAUUUAAGAAGCCAGCGACGAAUCAUUUCGCCGUGGUGUGAGAUUUUAAAGGCAAUGAUGCCGUAGAUUAGUUUAAUGUUUUAUUGUGCUGAUUGCUCUACCACAUGUGCGAUUUUUAGAUGAGAUGCUGCCGAAAUUUUCACUCACCCUUUUAAAGUUAAUGUUUAACGUUUAACUAAAUUCUUUUCCUUUUCUUUUAAGUAACACCCGAAUUUUCUCCCGUCCUUUACGGUUUUGGUUUCGUUAAGGGGUCGAAAAUUCAUGGGUGUUACAGUCCCCUUUGGUUGGUAUAUACGUAUUUGUUUAAUCGACUUAGUCUAAGUUCUCGGUACUAAUUUACUUUCGGUUAAUGUUCAUUGUUCUUACAAUUCAAUAGUAUUCAUUUAAAUUUAAAAUAUUUUACCAUCAAUUAUUAAUAAUUGAACUUUUGUUGUUGACGUGGAUUAGUUCAUUUACGGCGCGUUCGAUUAAUGGUACUAAAUGGUGGUAAUGAGAAUGAUUUAUAGUGUAAAGUUUUAUCAAAAGUUUCAUGUCAUUCCCAUUAUAAUGAAACUUUGAUCACAAAAAAGUUUUUUUGUUCAUAAAUUUUCAUUACCACCUAAUACCACCUCUCUCAAUGGUGAUGCAUUGGAAUGAAAUUUAUAAAGAAAAAUGAGAUGAUUGAAGUUGGACAAGCAUGGGUAUCAAGGUAUCAAUAGAUUUUUUGAUCAAAAAUACUCUAAUUUUCAUUCCCUUUACCACCGUUUAAUACCACCUAUCAACGUGCCGUUAAUAGAUUUAACGACGAGUAACAUGUCUUGGGAUAUUAGAAGUUGGUUCUUCCCUAUGUGCUGUGAGGGGAUUCAACAUGGUGAACGCAGACAGAUUUUGUUUAUGUUGGUUAUGGAUGUAUGGUGCAACUAGUGUUCUUUGCAUGUGUGAGGGGUAAUGUGUGUCAACUUCGGUUGAUAACCUGCCUGAUGUGGUUAUUCAUCGGUGGUUUUUUCAACCCCGCAAUUGAUUUUACAUAUUUACGUGCCCUUAGAAAGAUAAGCCAGAAGAACGUCACUCAUAGCUUCACGCGCAGCUGGAGUCUAUUUCUGGUAUCCCUGCAUUUGCCCUAUAUUUGAUUUUGCAUUGUUUAGAAGUAUUUUCGGGUUAUUUAGCUGUGAAAGUACUUAGUAGCCGACCCCAAUCUUUUGUUGAAAAUAGGCAAACUUAAACUAUUAUUAGUAUAAUAAAUAUAGUAAAUGUAUAUUUACCAUUUAAAAUUUAUAGGAUAAGAGAAAUUCCAGGAUAUUAUAUUUAGCCUCAAGAUAACUAUAAAAGUGUAUUUUUGUAAUGCAAUUAUAAGAUAAUCAGAAAAGAAUAAAAGGUUUUAAAUAAGUGAUUGUACAUUUUUAUAUAAUACUUUUAAUAUUCUUUCUCCUCUUACUUUGUGUAUAUUAUAUUUCUUACAUAUAGGAAUUAACAAAUUUCCUAUUAUUUUCUAUAUGGUAUUAGAGCCAGAAUUAUAAAAUAAUAUAUCUGAAUUUUAAUAAUGAC